CGGACACGCACGCACAUGGUGUUGCGAGGUUGGAGAGUGCCUCGAGCUGGUCGAUAGACCGACUGGCCCGUCCCUUUGGGUGCCCGCCUUUCCCUAGCCUUUAUCCUGCCUUUGACCUCAAUCCGUUCUUGGCCUGACUUCACAUGCUGAAUCGGCCAACCCCAAGACAUCGUGCUCCAUAGCUGCUGCUUGUGUUCUACCCCCGUGACAGCAAGGGGUGCAACAAACCUUCAUCCUUUUUCUUUUUUAAGUCUUAGCCUCGCCGUCUUUUCUCCGCAUUUUGUUAAGUUUUCGAACAUCAUCAUAAUUCCCGACUGCAUCACCUGGCCUGCAUACUUUUCUUUUGCUUCGGUAUUUCUUAAACUCGACUGUCCCCACCACCUCGCCCUUAUUGCCAACGCACUGUCGCCAAUUUCUCCCCCAUCGUCGAGCAGCAGCACCGCCGAUCCGACCGCCCCACGCCGAGGCGGACCUCCUCCAUGUCUGCCCUGAUCCCCAACCUGGUGCCUAGCUUCAUCGCCGAACCCGUGCUCCGACAGGCCCGUCGAUUCUCCCGCGGAAGCUUUGCCGGCCCCGCUGCCCCGGCUCCCGGCGCAUCGUCUUCGCUGUUGGCGCAGCAGGAAGACGGAGAUCAACAGGGCAGCAGUGGCAGCAGUGGUGGUGGUGUUGCCGCCGCUGGCCGACGCCAGCUGUUGGAGGGCCACCCCGAGGAUGCUGCAGUCGACAGCAGCCUAGGCCUGCGCUCCGGUCCACACCUUUCAUCAUCCCCUAAUCGACCGCUUCCGGAUCGCUUGGCGACCGGUCCGCCACACCAGACACCACCUUCCGCUGCGCCAGUGCAGGGCUCUGGAGAAUCGCCAGCUGAGGAAGCGCCUUCCAGUCAACAUCACCCUACCGAACCGACCGACCGGGCCGGUCUCGCCAGAAGCAGUGACACGGUUGCCCCAACCACAGAAACCACAGCAGACCCUUUAGGAAUGGCUGCGGCGGAGCGAGAUGCGACAGAAACACCGGUCGAUGGCACGAUAUCGGCGACACCACGAGAAUACAUGCGGCCAGAGGCGCUGCCCGAGGACGACGGCAUGGGCCCCUUGAGACGGCGGAUCCUGGAGAUACAUUCGCGCCCUAUACCUGCCGCUGAAAAGGCGCAGCUGCUGCACAUCAUGUUCACAGAGGGGUACGAGCGAUCACGGCUGGAAAUCCUGGAGCAAAAGCAGAAGAAGCGCGUAUCUUCGCACUCGUCGCACUCGGCCAACUCGGAGGGCGGCGGCAGUGGUGUGCUGUACGAGCAAGCGGCGGCACAGGGCCCGCUUGAGUCGCUCAAGUUCUGGCAGCUGUCGCUGGGCGAGUCGUCGACGCCGCCGCGCUUCUUGCUGACCGAGGAUGACCUCAAACCGACCUAUGCGCCAGCAAAACGGCGGUUCCGGGGCCGGUAUGGGACAGGCAGCGGGGUAUUCUCGCUCUCGGAAGAACUCGUCGGCGGCAGUGGCGGGCCGCAGCAGCAGCAGGAGCCGCAGCACAUGGGCUGCGAGCACUACCGGCGGAACGUCAAGCUGCAGUGCAACACGUGCCAGAAGUGGUACACGUGCCGGCUCUGCCACGACGAGGCCGAGGACCAUGUGCUCCCGCGCAAGGAGACCAAGAACAUGCUGUGCAUGCGCUGCGGCUAUGCGCAGAAGGCGGGCGACGAGUGCGUCAGGUGCGGGAGGCUGGCCGCCCGCUAUUAUUGCGGCACAUGCAAGCUCUGGAACGACGACCCCGACGCGAGCACGUACCACUGCGACGGGUGUGGAAUCUGCAGGGUCGGCGCGGGACUGGGGAAGGAUUUCUUCCACUGCAAGAGCUGUGGAAUUUGCAUCGCGAUCGAAACCAAGGACUCGCAUCGAUGCCGUGAGGGUGCCAUGGACUGCAACUGCCCCAUCUGUGGCGAGUACAUGUUCACGUCUACGAAACGCAUGAUACACAUGAACCCUUGCCGGCACCUGAUUCACAAGCGGUGCUACGAACAGCACAUGCUCACGUCGUACAAGUGCCCCAUCUGCAGCAAGAGCACGCGCAACAUGGAGUCCCUCUUCCGCAAGUGGGACCAAAACAUUGCAGAGCAGCCCAUGCCGCCAGAGUGGGCGUCGGCCCGCGCCAUCAUCUACUGCAACGACUGCGAGGCCAAGAGCCAGACGCUAUACCACUGGGUCGGUCUCAAGUGCAGCAUCUGCAAGGGCUAUAACACGCGGGAAGUGCAGAUCCUCAACGCACCCGGGGCUAUCCCGCCGACGACUGCCGCCGCGUCCCCGACAGGAGCGGAUGAUGCUACGGCUGGGGCGCCACCUCCUGCCGCUGGUGUGGAAGCGGCCGGCCCUGGCGCGGCAGCACCAUCAACUCUAAUGCCAGCGGCGACAGCGGCAUUGGCAGCACCAACAGCAGCAGCUGGAGGAUCAGCACCGCCGGAUACGGCGCAUCGCUCCUCAGCCUCCUCGGGGCCUCGAGACAUCGCACAGCCCCGGAGGACCGUGAGCAAUAUACCCGUGGCGUCGGUCGGAGGCAUGCGGACGAUGCUCCCAGUGCAGCCGCCGGAACGAUAUGCGCGGUCGCUGUCGCCCACGCCAGUCUUCCCAGACAUCGAGGCCGACCCCGAUGGCCCCAUGAUGGACGACGAUGAGGACGACGGGCGUAGCAACGACAUGAUCGACUUUGACUUUUGGAGUCGCGUGGGCCUGGGCAGACUCGGCGGCUCCGACAGGCGCCCAUUCGGGGAGCCGGAAGUGAGCGGUGACGAUGUCGAUGACGAGGACGAGUCUGAAGAUGAUGACGACGAAAGCUCCGAGGAAGGUGACGCUCGGGAAGAGGAGGAAGAUGACGAUAAUGAGAUCACGCUUUUUGGCCAUCGGUAGGCUGCCCAAUGGCUAUUUGGAUGGGGGCGGAUUGGAUCCUGGAAUUUUCUGCUCUCACGGUACUGUAUGUCCUGGGGCUGUCUCUCACACUGGAUUUGGGUGGCCGUCUGGAGUACUCCCUGCCUUUACUUUGUCCUGUUUCUCCUUUUGUCGCAGCAACGCAGGCCUGGAUUUGCUAGCUUUUGCAUGGGGCGAUUAUGAGGAAUCACGGAGACACGUCUUGCGGCUACAGAUGUUUAACAGUUGGGCAAGCCGGUUUGUGGUACGGGGGUGUACUGACUCUCCUGCCGUUAUAUGGUUGCUUUCCAUUCUUUGGUCUUGCCUUGGCCUUGCUUUGGUCUUGUUGGGGGCUUCGUGCAACUUCACGUCUAGUGGGCGACCGGGGUUGGUUAAUAGUGAGGAGUUUGUAGGGUGGGCAGGCUGGUGAGUAAACAUAGUUGUAAAACAAGAGCCAAAGGAAAUGAAUAUCGCACUGGUAGUCUUUCGACUUAUGGUUUGUGUGGUUAUACAUGCAUUAUCAAGCAUAUCUAUCUGUAUUAUGGUCCUUUGAAGACAGCUUGGCAUCGAAG